UGGCUGACGAACUCCCAGCGUCUGCCCGCGCAGAAGCUCGACCUCGUCGUGGACCUCCCCGAGGGCAGGGGCCUCGUCGCGCGCGAGGACGUCAAGCGCGGGGAGCCGCUCCUGGAGAUUCCAGACGCGUCGCUCAUCACGGUCGAGCGCGCGGUGAAAGAGUCCAAGCUCGGCCCGAAACACGCCGAGCUCCAGGAGUGGAGCCUCCUCGCCGCGUUCCUCGCGGAGCAGGCGCUCGACAUCGAGAACGGGGACGAGAGCGGCGUCUUCGCCGCGUACGUCAAGGCGCUCCCGCGACGCACGGGCGGCGUCUUAGAUUGGCCAGAGGAGGACGUGAAGACCUUGCUCGCGGGGUCGCCGUCGCAGCGCGCGGCGUACGAGCGGCAGGCGUCCGUGGACGGCGCUAUCGAGGAGAUCCGCGCGGAGUUUCCCCAGCUCACCCCCGGGGCGCUGCGAUGGGCGUUCGACGUCCUCUUCUCGCGUCUGAUUCGACUCCCGAACCGCGGCGGCGAGCUCGCGCUCGUGCCGUGGGCGGACAUGCUGAACCACAAGCCCGGGUGCAACGCGUACAUCGACGACAGCGGCGGUAAGGUGUGCUUACAGCCGGACCGCGCGUACAAGCCCGGGGAGCAGGUGUUCGCGUCGUACGGCCAGCGCCCGAGCGCGGAGCUCUUGAUAUCCUACGGGUUCGCCCCCGAGGUCGGGGAGAACCCGGACGACGAGUACGAGAUCACCUUGGGGAUCGACCCGAACGACCGAUACGCGGACGCGAAAGCCGCCGCGCUGGAGAAGAUCGGGCUCAGACCCGUGGAGAGCUUCCCGCUGCGUUUGAACGGGUACCCGAAGCAGCUGCUGCAGUACGCGUCGUUCGCGUUGUGCGACCCGGACGACCCGAAAGAGCUCGAGGGGCUCGCGGAGAAGGCG